CCUAUAUAUACAGUACAGGUCAAGUUAAUAUCAACCAAAGGUCAUUCCAAGAAAUUUUUACAGCAGUUUCAUUUAACAAUAAAAUGUCUGGACAUGCCUGUAUACAAUCCGCUAAAAAUACUUUGAGAAAAAGUAUUAAAAGCAAACUUGGACUUUUGGAAGAGAAAGAUAAGUUGUUGCAAUCUGAAAAUGUAUUCAAAAAGCUUCAACAACUGCCAGUUUAUAAAAACAGUAAACGAGUCUCAAUUUACCUCAGCACGAGCAAUGAGAUAGACACAGAGCCUAUAAUUCAAGAUAUGUUCAAGAAUAAUAAGAAGUGA